GUAUGAAGGAGCCACGCGCUGUGGCGAAACACUCGAAGCCGAAUCAUGGGGAUGCCAACGUGCCCGGCAACGGAAAAAGUAAACCGAUGCAGAGGCGCUGGAGGCACUGGAGAUGUCCCCUGACAGUUCCAUGAACGUUGCCGUGCCGCUGGUGCCGCUCAGUGUUUCACGGCUCGAGAGGGCAUUGAUAGAUCGAAGAUGCUGCAAGUACAACGAGUUCGUGCAGUUACAUGAGCCACUGACACAAUGGGUGAUGAGGAUCUCUUACGAGGUCUUGAAAUUCCUACUGGGGAGCUGAUCCUGGAGUUUCUGAUCGGGUCAGGGUACACCUCGGAAGUCUACAAGGGCCUGUGGACGCGCCACGACAACACGGUGGUUGCCAUCAAGCAGAUCACAGAGGAUGCGCAGAUGCGCUCAGAGCAGCAGCUGGCCUUUGUGCGAGAGAUGAGCGUCCUCACCCAGGUGCGGCAUGAAAACUUGGUCCAACUCUAUGGGGUGUGUCUAGACUCACGGCCGCUGCGCAUCGUCACGGAAUACUGUGGCGGCGGUGCCGUUUUUGAGCUGCUGCACAACUCGCCCAUUGAUCUGGUGUACCCACAGCAGAUCAAGAUGUGCCGGGAUGUGGCAAGGGCAAUGAACUAUUUGCACACCUUCAACCCGAUGAUCAUCCACCGGGACUUGAAAUCUUUGAACCUUUUGCUGGACAAGCCAGUCACAGGUCUCGACCUGCCGCUGGUGAAAGUCUGCGACUUUGGUGUAGCUAAGUUCCAGGUCCAGGCCGGCAACUGGGGGCAGAUGACCAACCAGGCGGGCACAAAGCACUGGAUGGCUCCGGAGAUGUGGACUGGCUCCACAUACGACGAGAAGGUGGACGUCUUUUCGUAUGCCAUGGUCAUCUACGAGAUCAUUUGUCGAGAGGUGCCGUUUGAGGAGGAGGAACCUGCCGAUGUGGGAAAGUACACCGUGGCCGGGAUCCGCCCUGACAUGGACGCUGUACCUCCAGAUUGUCCCCCAGAGCUCAUUGCCGUCAUGCAGGCAUGCUGGGCGCAGGACCCCUCUGAGCGUCCCUCUUUUGCCGACGUGCUGCAGCGCAUUGAAUCGCUGCGCCUUUGAGACUCGAGCGUUUCCAAAGUGCGCGGCAAGCAGAAACGCCCCACUUUGUUACUCCCAAUGGUCGAACACGGUCAA